AUGUCUUCUAAUAAAUGUAAAAAUAAAACUACUCUUACCAAUAAACAAAAACAAAAGAUUAUUAUGUAUAAAAAUCAAAAUUCUAAUAUUACCCAUGUUGAACUUGUUGAUUGGAUAAAAAAUAAGUUUAAUCUUGAUAUUUAUUCAAUUGCCAUUAGGUGUCUAAUAAAAAAUAAAGAUGAUAUUGAAAGCAAUCUUUCUAAAAAAAGACAAAAAACAGUACAAUUUCCUGAGCUUAAAAAUGCAUUACUUGAAUGGGUUCUGCAAAACCAAGAAAAAAUAAGAUUAAGCAAUGCAAUUCUUAUUGAAAAAGCAAAAAGUUUUGCACAAAUAUUGAAUUUAUUUAAUAGUGAUCUUAAAUUUUUACAAGGAGAAGAGGCUUCUGUAGACAAAUCUGUUAUUGCAGUUGCUAUUCCUCAGUUAAAUAAGAUAUUAAAAGAAUAUAACUUAAAAGAUAUAUGUAAUAUAAAUGAAACUAGAUUAUUUUAUUAUCUUGAACCAAAUACUAUACUAGCCAAUUAUACAAAAAUCCUUCCAAAUGUUCAAGACAAUAAAGAACUUACUAUUAAUGAUAAUGAUGAUAAUUUGAUGAAAGAACUAUGA